AUGUCUUUAUUGGUUUCAGCUCCUAUAAUAAUGCAGUGUCUGGAGAAGAAACAUCUUUCAGAGAGCAGCCAGGCCAAGCUGCGGAAGCAGGGCGUCAAACUCACCCAGAGGCUCGGCCUCACCUUCCUGAAGCCACGUCUGGCUGCUUGGAGGUACCAGAGAGGCAACCGCUCCCUCGCAGCAAACCUGUCCGCCUCCCAAUCUGCCACUGCUGCCACUCCUGAAGUGGAGAUACAAGAACUGGAGGAAGACUAUGAUAUUCCUGAGGAAGUGGAGACGGUUAUUGAGUAUCUGCUGGUGGGACUGAAAGAUAAGGAAACAAUUGUGCGCUGGUCGGCAGCAAAGGGAAUUGGGAGGGUGACUGGGAGGCUUCCCAAGGAGCUGGCAGAUGAGGUGGUUGGAUCAGUGCUGGACUGCUUCAGUUUCCAGGAAACGGACAAUGCUUGGCAUGGAGGCUGCCUGGCACUGGCAGAGCUCGGCAGGAGAGGCCUGCUGCUGCCUUCCAGGCUUACUGAUGUUGUGCCACUCAUUGUCAAAUCCCUGACCUACGAGGAAAAGCGAGGAGCGUGCAGCGUGGGUUCCAAUGUGCGAGACGCUGCCUGCUACGUGUGCUGGUCCUUCGCCCGGGCUUAUGAACCCAAGGAGCUCGAGCCUUAUGUGACUCAGAUUUCAAGCGCUCUGCUGAUCACUGCUGUGUUCGACCGGAAUGUCAACUGCCGCAGAGCUGCCUCUGCUGCCUUCCAGGAGAAUGUCGGCAGACAGGGGACGUUUCCUCAUGGUAUUGACAUCUUGACUGCAGCAGACUACUUUGCUGUUGGGAGUAUCAGCAACUGCUAUCUAAACAUCACUGUCUUCAUAGCCAGUUUCCCGGAGUACACAGAGGCCAUGAUAGAUCAUUUGAUAGCCAUGAAGAUCAACCACUGGGAUAGUGUGAUCCGAGAGCUCGCCACUAAAGCGCUCCACAACCUGACGCCUCAGGCUGCCGAUUAUAUGGCAACAACAGUUUUGCCAAAGCUGUUGCCCAUGGCAGUGGGGAUUGACCUUCAUGGUCGCCAUGGAGCCAUCCUGGCCUGUGCAGAGAUUACACACGCUCUCUACAAACUGGGCCUUCAGACCAACAGGGCUGUGGUGGACAUGAUUUCUUCAGAAUGUGUUGACGCUUUAAAAAACAUCCACCAGAAGCUGAAUGACAGAAAGCAGUACAGGGGUUUUGGUGGAGAGCUAAUGAGGCCAGCAGUGUGCUUUCUUAUUGAAAAGCUGUCCCUCUCCAAAAUGCCUUUUAAGAACGACCCGGUGAUCACUGGAUGGCAGUGGCUGAUUGACGACACCAUAAAGACCCUCCAUCCUGGUGUGAAGGAUAGCACUGUGGUUUCCAUGGUAUCGGCCUUGUCCGCCCUGUGUGAUGAGUUCUACCAGGCCGAGCCGGGCCAAGCGGACUUACAAAUUCAGGAUGUCCUGGUGUCUCAGUACGUCGAGGGGCUGAAGAGUCCGAAGAUGCUCAUUCGUUGCGGAUCGGCCCUCGCCCUCGGCUGUCUGCCAAGGUUUAUGAUCCAUGGCAAAGUGAAGCAGAUCCUUGAAGGCCUGCUGCAGAUGUGCACUGUCAGCCAGAAUGAGGAGACAUUUACAGAGGCACGGAGAGAUGCAGUCAAAGCAAUAUCUCAAGUGUGUCUGAAGGUGGGUGUUUGUGCCCACGGCUCCCCUGACUCUGCCCUGUGCUCGGAGAAUGUUCCAGAGGUGUAUGGCGUUCUGCUCCACUGCAUGACUGACUACACGAGAGACAGCAGAGGGGACGUAGGUGCUUGGGUGAGAGAGGCAGCGAUGACGAGUAUCAUGGAUGUGACCUUGCUGGUGGCCAUCAGCGCUCCAGAGAUCCUCCUCCCAGACCUGGUGAAGAGAAUGAUGUGCUGCCUGGCCCAGCAGGCGGCCGAGAAGAUCGACCGCUACAGAGCCCACGCUGGAAACGUCUUCCUGUGCCUCCUCCACAGCAAAGAGCCUGCAGUGCCUCACAUCCCCCACCAGGAGGAGCUGCUGCGCAUCUUUCCUUUUGAGACCACAACCAGUCUGAACUGGAGUGCUCCAUCCCAGGCCUUCCAGUAUAUCACCCAGCUGCUGGGACUGCCCCAGUAUCAGUACCACACCUUGCUGGGCCUCACCGUGUCAGUGGGAGGAAUCACCGAGUCCACAGUGCAUUUUUCCUCCCAGUCGUUGUUUGAAUAUCUGCGAGGGAUCCAGGAGAACAUUGCUGCCCUGACACAGUUUGGAGACACGCUGCUGAGCAUCUUCAGAGACAAUCUCCGCAAUGACAUGGUGUCUAUUCCUUUCCUUGGGAUGCUCAAUCAGAUGCUUGCUAACAGCUGCUUUGAAAUCUUCGCCACUCAAGAGAAUCAUCAGUUCUGUGUGGACAUUUUGGAUCUUUGCAAAGAAUUCAAGAAGUCCAAAGUUAUCGCCAAGUUGCGCAUUUCUAUAUCUGUCUUCUGUGGUUUGAUCCAGUUCCAAGGGGAGGUGAGGAAGAGAGUUCUGGCCCAGCUGUUGAUGCUGCUCUGCCACCCCUUCCCCGUGAUCAGAAAGACGACGGCCGGCCAGAUGUACGAGAUGCUGCUGACCUACGAUGAUGUCAUAGAUCCAGAAGUGUUGGAUGAUGUCAUGACUCUGCUCAGCGAUGCUAACUGGGAGAGCGACCUUGAAACAGUACGAACCCACAGGAAUCAGCUUUGUGAUUGGCUGAAAGUCUCCCAGCCAAGGAAGAUUACCAAGAACCCUGUCCCCAGCUGAGCGUCAUGUAGGAGGACACCGUGCUGUAAGAACUAAUAAGGGCUCUGCUCUUCUGAAGCUGCCCUGUAACAGUUGGUCAGUCCAUCUGCCAGAACACAAUGCAUGUAAUAAAUCACAGUCUUUAGUUGUACAUGACAAUAAAUGGACGGAAAACAUCA